AUGAGCUUAGGGUUUUUUCUUCCGAAAGGGGAUUUGGGGGGAUCUCAUGCAGUGCUGGAGAAGCGCGUGGGGCUGCCGCCCUGAUGCACACCUGGUUUGGGGACUCGGCGCAGGCGAAACUGCCAGGCUGGCUCCGGGCGCUGCUGCAGAUGCUCUUUGGCAGCUGUUGGCGAGACAUCUGUGCCAAGACGGGGAAGGACCUCGUGGGGUGAAGCCAGCCCUACCACCAAGAAGACCGUGGGUGGAAGGGGGAAGCUGGCACAAACCCCCUCCAUCAUUGACUCCACCACUAUGGCCUGGCUGUGGCUCCGUCUCUUCGCUUGCCUCCAGAUCCCAGUUUUCUGUACAAAUCUACCUUUAUCUCAGACUCCAAAGCACAUUUUAGCCCAAGCCAACAGCAAAACAGAAAUCCUCUGUGAGCUGAAGGAGGAGUAUGCAGGGGUGUACUGGUACCGCUGGAGCCAUGUGAGGCAAAAUUUCGAGUUCUUGAUAUUUUCCAACCUAUUGGGCAAAGUCACGUACGGCACAAACAUCAGCCAGGACAAGUUUAGUGUCCGUGGGGCGAGUUUCCGCACCUCCUACAGCCUGCACAUCAACCAUCUCCAUGCCUCGGACAACGGCACCUAUUACUGCUCCAUCUCCCAGUCCUCCCAGCUCCUCCUGGACAGUGGGACAUGGCUCGGUGUGGUUGACGUUUUGCCUCUGAAGACCACUCAAGCACCACUCUCCAAAAAGCCCAUGCGGUGCAUAACCAAAAGUAAAGCUGCUGACAAGAAAGGUGCCUGCAGCCCCCUGGUCUGGGUCCCGCUGGCUAUUGGUGUCCUGGUCCUCCUGCUGAGCCUGGUCCCCACUGCCCACCGCCUCCACCGUGUGCGGCGGAGGCUGUGGCUUCGCCUCCACAGGCAGUAA